UCGUUUACUAGAAGAUAGUACUCUAUUCUUAUUCAAUUUUACUUGAGAAAAAAAUCUGUUUAAUGCAUCUCAAUCCCCAUAAUUUUCCGGGAAAAUUUCUCCACACUGUCAUUUUCCCGAGAAACAAACAACUCUUCAGCAAAUUCAGUUCAUCAUGUACAAACAUUCCAAACAUUACAGACCUGCUAUCAAAGCAGCACUGGUCAGAGCUGAAAACCCAUCUCAAAAACACAAAUUCAAACACAAUUCUUCACCAAUUACUCACUUCAAAUUCAGACCCAGAGCUCACUCUCAGGUACUUCACUUGGUCCCAAAAGGAGCUCAAAGUUUCACACUCGUUAGAAUUUACUUUUAGAAUGCUACACUCACUUGCAUCUGCUAAAAAGUACUCAAAAAUCAGAUCUUUUUUAGAUAAUUUUGUCAAGAAUUUUGAGAAUUAUUCAGUUUCUUUGAUUUUUCAUGCAAUUUCAGUUGGUGGGGAGUAUUUUUCUGUUAAUUCGGUUAUUGCUGACAUGUUGGUAUGGGCAUAUAUGAAGCAUUUGAAAACCCAGUUGGCAUUUGAGGCUUUUAAGAGGGCUGGUGAUUAUGGGUUUAAAUUGUCUGUUUUGUCUUGUAAUCCGUUGUUGAGUGGCUUGGUUAAGGAGGGUCGAGUUAGGGAUAUGGAGUUUGUGUAUAAGGAGAUGAUUAAGAGAAGGAUUCAACCUAGUUUGAUUAGUUUUAAUGUUGUGGUUAAUGGUUUGUGUAAAGUAGGGAAAUUGAAUAGGGCUGGUGAUGUUCUUGAGGAUAUGAAAGUACGGGGAGUAUCGCCGAAUGUGAUUACGUAUAAUACUCUUAUUAAUGGGUAUUGUAAGACGGCUAAGAUUGGGAAGAUGUAUAAAGCGGAUGCCAUUUUGAAAGAGAUGACGGCAAAUGGGAUCUGCCCAAAUGAGGUGACUUUCAAUACUUUGAUUGAUGGAUUUUGCUUGGAUGGGAAUGUGUCGAAUGCAUUGAGGGUGUUCGCGGAAAUGAAUAAGCAAACUGUCAAACCUAAUGUGGUUACUUAUAAUGUGUUGAUCGAUGGGCUAUGUCGGGAUGGCAAGGUUAGUGAAGCUAAUGCUUUAUUGGAUCAAAUGGUUGAUUCGGGUUUAAAGCUGAAUGUUAUUACUCAUAAUGCACUUAUAAAUGGGUUUUGCAAGAACAAGAUGAUGAAAGAAGCCUGUAAAUUAUUUGAUGAUAUGCCAAAACAAGGAAUAGCUCCUAACGUCACAACCUACAACACGUUGGUUGAUGCUUAUUGUAAGGAUGGUAAUCUCAAAGAUGCAUUUGCACUACUUAAUAUAAUGUUAGGCAAAGGGGUUUGCCCUAAUUUGUCGACUUACAACUGCUUAAUUGCCGGUUUAUGUAGAAAGGGAGAUAUGGAAGCAGUCAAAAAUCUUGUGGGUGAAAUGGCUAGCAAGAAUUUAACAGCUGAUCUUAUCACAUAUAAUAUAUUGAUAGAUUCAUUAUGCAACAAAGGGGAAUCGAGAAAGGCAGCGAGACUUGUGGUUGACAUGUCGAGAAAAGGGUUGAAACCUAGUCAUAUAACAUACAACACUUUGAUGGAUGGCUAUUGUAGGGAAGGAAAUCUCAAGGCAGCACUAAACGUGAGGAUGCAAAUGGAGAAAGCACGGAAACUCCCCAAUGUUGCAACAUACAAUGUGCUAAUAAAGGGGUUAUGUAGAAAAGGUAAACUUGAAGAUGCAAAUGGGCUUCUUAAUGAGAUGUUAGAAAAGGGUUUGGUUCCAAACAGAACUACAUAUGAAAUUGUUACGGAGGGAAUGAUGGAGAAAGGCUUUGUUCCAGACAUAGAAGAUCAUCUGUAUAAUGUUAAAGUCGGCUCUUAA